AUGAGGAACCUUUGUACAGUGGAUAUGAGGGUGAUUCUUGACCAAAUCGAGUUCUAUCAUGGCCCAAGUCUCCAGCGGCCAUCCACCAGUGCGAAGAAAGUUUCUACCGGUCAUGCCACAGCUCAUGCUCCUCGAACUUUCCACCGUUAUUCUCCCACUGGAUCCGGUUUCUGCCAAAGACCGUGUGAGGCAUCUCUAGGACAAGCACCGCCGUUGACCGGCACAACUCAUGAGUGGAACAUGUUUGAUAUCGCGAUUGAUAAUGUAUAUGGCUCCACUUGGCCUCAAAUUACGAAAGGUAUUGAACCCGCAGCGACAACAAAUAUGCCAACUGCCCGUGAUAUGCUGUUGGAUGGUAGAAGUUCCACGCUGGCAGACUCAGUGUCAUUGAGACACUCAACACGGGUUACAUGUCCUGCAGGGGCAGACUACCUCGACCGCAUUCCUCCUGAUAUGCGAGAAAAUGACUUAGCAGAAAUGGAGACUUCUCGACUCUCGUGCGUGCCCUGCGUGACCGCGCCUGUGCCCGCACCCGAACAAGCAAACACUGCCUUUAGCAAUAUUUUUGCGGUGGGCGAUUCCCAGCAGAGAUCAGUCAAGCGAAAGUUGUCUAUCACAGGCUCCUCUCACUCAGAUAGUAUGCACCAUUGGGGCGACGAAAAGGAUACGGAGCCAAGUCAAACAGCUGAGCUAGGUGGAAUUCCAUGCUACAGGGAAAAUGAUGCCCCGAAGCGGGCUAAAGAUUCCAACACUGCUGAAAAUAAGUCAGCCUCAUCUGGCCCGCCAACCGUGCGCUCAACUCCAGAAUAUUCUGGUGCUCGAAUGGCACUGAGUUCCGAUAAGCCAGUAAUUUAA